UACUCCACGUCUUCAGCCUUUUUCGAGUCUCUCGCUCAGGCCGGCGUUAGCUAUGUCUUUGUCAACCUCGGCUCCGACCACCCAGCGAUAAUGGAGGCUCUCGCAGCCGAAACCCGGCGCAGCGGUACUUCCAAGGGGCCCUCCAAGUUCCCCAAAGUUAUCACUGUGCCGCACGAGUUCGUCGCGCUGUCCAUGGCCGACGGCUUCGCGCGUCUCACUGGCAAGCCGCAGUGCGUGCUGGUUCAUGUGGACGUCGGCACGCAAGGGCUCGGCUGUGCGAUGCACAACUCAUCAAUCGCCAGAAGUCCCGUUCUCGUAUUCGCGGGGCUGUCGCCAUACACGCUCGAGGGCGAGCUCCGCGGAUCCAGAACAGAGUAUAUCCACUGGCUGCAGGACGUGCCGGACCAGAAGGCUAUUGUGGCGCAGUACUGCCGGUACGCAGGUGAGUUCAAGACCGGCCGCAACGUCAAGCAGAUGGUCAACCGCGCACUGCAGCUCGCGACGAGUGACCCCAAGGGACCCGCGUAUCUCAUGGGCGCACGAGAGGUCAUGGAGGAGGAGAUUGACGAGUACGACCUCGACCAGGAGGUGUGGCACGGGAUCGAGCCUGCCGGCCUGUCACCUGCUGGUGUGGAGAACAUUGUCGAGACACUCGUGACAGCAGAGCGGCCGGUCAUUGUGGUCGGCUAUACCGGGCGCAAUCACGCAACAGUACCGCUGCUGGUGAAACUCGCCGAGGCGAUCCCUGGUGUCAGAGUGAUUGACGCCCUCGGCAGCGACGUGUGCUUCCCCUUCAGCCACAGGGCGUACAUUGGCGUGCGGAUCGGCAAGCACGCAGCCAUUUCUGGAGCCGACGCCAUCCUCGUGCUCGACUGCGACGUGCCCUGGAUCCCGACGCAGUGUCCGCUCAGUCCUGGCGUCAAGAUCCUCGAGGUUGGCGUCGACCCGCUCAAGCAGAACAUGCCACUACACUACAUUCCGGCGACGCACCGGUACCGCGCCGAUGCGGCUGUGGCCCUGCAGCAGCUCAACGACUUUGUGGCGACCAGACACGUUGAUCUGGCUUCCCAAGAGCCAUUUGUAUCCCGCUGGACAGCUCUCGAGCAGACGCGGAGAGAAGAGAUCAAGGCUGCCGACCGCCUCGCUGCACCACCCGCAGAUCUGCAGGCUACCCCCGCCAGUACAUCCUUCUUGUGCUCGGAGCUGCGCAAGGCCUGCCCGGAAGACACGAUCUGGUGCAUCGAGGCCGUGUCCAAUGCCAUGUUUGUCUAUGACCAGUUGCGCGUCGACAAGCCCGGUCACCUGGUCAACGGCGGUGGCGGUGGUCUCGGCUGGUCGGGCGGCGGCACACUGGGCGUCAAGCUGGCUGCUGACUACUUGGGCCAGGGCAACUUUGUGUGCGAGAUUGUCGGCGACGGGACGUAUCUGUUUGGUGUGCCCAGCACGGUGUACUGGGUCGCCCGACGGUACAAGCUGCCGACGCUGACCAUCGUGCUGAGCAACAAGGGCUGGAACGCGCCGCGCAUCUCGAUGGAGCUGGUGCACCCGCAGGGCCACGGGUCGCAGGUGAGCAACGAGGAUCUCAACAUCUCGUUCAGUCCGACGCCCGACUUUGCGGGGAUUGCCAGGUCGGCCUCGGGCAACACGGCGUACGCGGCGGUGGUGAGGACGGCGGGCGACUUGUUGCGGGUGCUGCCAGAGGCGGUGGCGGCUGUGCAGGGCGGCGUGUCGGCGAUCAUCGAGGCGAGAGUCCAAGGG